AUGAGCAGCAUCUCUCAACAGUCGGCAUCCCCUCAGGCGACCAACACGACCAGCUCUACGCCCGCAGCGAACGCUACGCAGUCUCCCUCUCCGACCAUUAGCGGGACUACUACGCCUCAGGCCGCUGCGCCGGCCUCUGCCACUGCCAGAUCGUACGCCAGCGCGACAAAGAAGCCCUUCUCGCCUCCCGUCGCGCCCGGUUCGACCGGUCCCUCACCAGCAGUGGCAGUUGGAGCAUCCGUUCAGUCGCAAGAUGGAAAAAUGAAUUCGACUUCUCCAGUAAACGGAAAGAACGCCAUCCCUCCUGCCGUUCCCGCGGUAGCGACUCCUGCUAUUGUCAACGGCACAUCCCCCCAGGGUGAUCACAGCCGCAAGUCGUCUGUUACCAUCAGUGCGGCCGGCACCAGCGGCUUUAUUCCAAACGGCGCGCCUUCUGGAGGUCCACCUAGCAGGACAAACAGCAUCCAGUUUGGUUCAAUGAACGCGGCCACAUCUCCCGUUUCUUCUCAUAGUGUUCCUCAUGGAACUCAAGGUUCGAACGCUCAACCCGUCUCGACCCCUCAGAACCCGAGAGUAACUUCUCCAGCCACCUCGCCGUCUCCCAUCCCCCAGCCGACUUCGAGUGGCGGCCGUCCUCCCUCUGGGCUUCAGGGUCAGACCAACGGCCUGAGCUUUGGCAGUAUGGGAGGCGAGCCUACCGAUUCUACUGCCCGCCCCGUCUCGAACCAGAAUCCUCUUGCUCCUGGACAUCAGUCUGGACACCUUCGACGCGAGUCUUCUCAGUCGACCCACAGUGACAUGAGCAACACAGGUAUGGGUCAUGCUCGUGGCGGCUAUGCUCCUCAGGGUGGUAGAGGAAGAGGCUAUCCGCAACCCUACCCCCAGCAGAUGGGCUACUCUCCUGGACCUCAGUUCCGGAACGCGCCAAACCAGCCCCGAGGUGGCCCCAACAUGGCUCCUCAAUUCCCUGCCCAGGGAAGCCAGUUGGGUCCCUAUCCUAACUCGCCGCAUCGCAGCGCGCGGAGCCCUGCUCUUGCCAACUCCCACCCUGCAACUCCACAGGUGCAGCAGGUUCCCAUGGCCGCACCCCAGAUGCCGGCUCAACAUUAUGUCGCAUACCCGCACAUGGGUCAACAAGUAAUGCCACUAUCUUCUUCAAUCUCUCAGCACAGUCUUUCAAAGCACGCGCGACAGUCGCCGUUGCUUCCCCUUCAAACUUUCCAACAUCCAUUACCUACACCCGAUUUAUCACCUGACAGCCCCUUCUUUGAGCAAUAUCUAAUGAUGCGAAAUCAGGCACAAUUUGGCAUUCCGCCUCAAUUCGACCCGGCUUAUGCCCAUUACCCCCAACAAUAUGGCAUGUAUCCGCAAAUGUCAUACAUGGCGCCGACCUCCCCGCGACCGCCCUUCAUCCCUCAGGCCACUCAGCCUCAAUAUCACCCUGGACAGUAUGCGACGCACCCUCAGCCGCAGCCCAUGUCACGGCAGUCGUCUGCGGUCUCCGAUCGUCCGAAUUCGAGCCUCGGCCAACCGCAAACUCCUUCGGCCGCACCCGCUGUGGUCCACCCCCACAACCCUGUCCUUAGCUCCAGCCCAGGCCCCAGCUCCGCCUUCAAGAUUCCUACUCGGGGCAAGAGUGCAGGCAUCGUCAUUAAGGAUCCCAAGAGCGGUGCGGUAAAGACGUUCGAGAAGACACCUGCUUCCCCUGCUCCUGCUUCUGCCUCGCCCGCGAUUGUGUCUUCUACCCCUACUCCUCCACCCAGACCUGCCAGCAACAAUGCUUCUGUUGGCCCUGAGAUCAAGCAAAAGUCUGACGAGGAGAAGAAAAAUGAUAUGAAGGACGCUAUUCAAAAGAAGAUUGAAGCGGACAAGGCGGAGGAGAGACGUCAAAAGGAAGAGGAAGAGCGGAAGGCUGCGAAAGAAAGAGAGGAGGCCGAACAAGCACAAAAGGAGGCUGAAAAGGCCAAGGAAGCGGCCGAAAAGGCUGCCAACGAGGCCGCCGAGAGAGAGCAGCGUGAGAAGGAGGAGGCCGAAAAGGCCAAGAAGGCGGCCGAGGAGCAGGCUCAGAGAGAGCACGAGGAAAAGGCCCGCAAGGAGGAAGAGGAAAAGGCCAAGAAGGAACAGGAGGCCAAGGAGAAGGAAGAGAAGGCCAAGCGUGAGGCCGAGGCCCGUGAAAAGGCUGACGCUGCAAUGAAGGAUGCUGAACGCGCUGCCGAAGAGGCAGAGGAGGCUCGUCUUAAGAAACGGUCCGCCGAGGAGGACGAAGCCAUCAAAGCGGAGAAUGCGAAAAUGUUUGCCGCUCUCAAGAGUCGACGGCCUUUGUCUGCUGCAGCUUCAGCUGCUCCUUCAGAGACUCCUACUAAACCUGCUGCUGAGAGUGGUCCUACCACGCCCGCCGCUGAGGAUUCCAUGGCUCCUCCGGCCAAACCCGCUGCCCUCGCCAAGCGCGAAAAGCCUGCUGGCCUCAAGCUGGAGACCAACAAGCCUGUUGAGCCCGCCCAGCCAAGUGCUGCCCUUCAGGCCCUCCGCUCAGCCCGUCCCAUUGCUCGUCUCAGCGACAUCACUUACCCUUCUUCCAUCAUUUCCCCCAACCCUGCCUUGAACGCCACUGCUCCUGAGCAAAAAUUCAAGUACCAGCGCGACUUCUUGCUUCAGUUCCAGACCGUUUUCACGGAGAAGCCUUCAGAAGACUGGGACAACAAGGUCAAGGAGACUGUUGGGGAGACCCUUGAUUCUAGCCGCCCUCAAUCUGCACGCACACCUUCGAGCCGCGGUGGUGCGUCAAGGCUCGGUGGACCCUCGUCAUUCCAAAUGGGAACCUUUGGCAUUGGUGGCAAGACUUUGCCCCCUGGAACUACUUCUUCCGAGCGUUUUGCUAUGUCAAACGGCCAACUUCCUCGGCCCCCUAUUGCCGGUCCUCUUGGUUCCUUCAAUAGAGGAGGCGGCUUCCCUGUUGGCGGUCCUGCUUCUCUCAGCCGCACUAGCUCUUCGUCCACUCUACAUGGUCAAGGUGCGCCGAGCUCACCCAGGGGCGAAAGAGGCUCACGGCGCGGCAACCGAAGCAAGCCUGGUUUGGACCAGUCCAAGAGCCGAAGAGAUGACCAACUUGCUCAGUCUAUGCCUCUUACUCAGAACAUGGAGAUCAAGAGCCUCCAGGUCUCGUCUACUGGAUGGAAGCCGAGAAGCGUUGGAGCUAACCCCGCCGCUGCUGCUGCAGCGCCUGCCGAAGGCCUCAUGCCUCCUGACAUGGUGCAACGAAAGGUUAAGGCCAAUCUCAACAAGAUGACUCCAGAGAAGUUCGAUAAGAUCGCGGACCAGAUCCUUGAGAUUGCUGCGCAGUCCAAGGACGAGUCUGAUGGGCGGACUCUCCGACAAGUCAUUCAGCUCACUUUCGAAAAGGCUACGGACGAAGCUCAUUGGGCAUCCAUGUAUGCGAAAUUCUGCAAGCGCAUGCUUGAGACCAUGAGCGCUGAGAUUAAGGAUGAGAGCAUCCGUGACAAGAAUGGAAACGUUGUUAGCGGCGGUAACUUGUUCCGCAAGUACUUGCUCAAUCGUUGCCAAGAAGAAUUCGAGCGUGGCUGGAAGAUGAACCUCCCGCCUAAGCCUGAAGGUGAAACUGAGGAGGCCGCUAUGUUGUCCGAAGAAUACUACGUGGCUGCCGCCGCGAAGAGACGGGGUCUUGGUCUCGUCCAGUUCAUUGGAGAGCUGUACAAGCUUGGCAUGCUCACGGAGCGUAUCAUGCACGAAUGUGUUAAGAAACUCGUUGACUUUGAAGGAACCCCCGAUGAAGCGGAGGUUGAGAGCUUGACUAAGCUCCUCGGCACAAUUGGAAAGAGCUUGGAUAGCACAGAGAGAGGUCCUGCGCUCAUGGAGGUUUACUUCCAGCGUAUCAACCAAAUGAUUGAGAUACCUGAUCUCAACAGCCGUCUCCGAUUCAUGUUGAUGGACAUCAUCGAUCUUAGAAGGAAGGGCUGGAAGUCGAAGGAUUCCGAAAAGGGCCCUAAGACUAUUCAAGAAAUUCACGAAGAGUGGUAUGAGCUAACUUUGGGUCAGGCUCUCGCCCUCCAACAGGAGAAAGAGCUUGAGAAACAACGUCAGAACCAGCGUGGCGGCGGCGGACGCAUGCCUCUUGGUCGCGGCGACGCACGGUCAUUCUCGAGCGGCGGUUACGGCAUGAUGCCCCCACCUGAUUAUCAAAAGAAUACCGUUGGUAUGGACGAUCUUCGCAAACUGAACAACAAGGCUUCGCGCCAAGUCAGCCAGGGUCCGCCUUCCUUUGGACCAACCUCUAUGUUCAACUCUCGGAGCAGCAGUGGUCGCAAGACGCUUGGACCUGGUGGCUCCUUGAGAGGCGGGGAUGAGUCUGGUACUUCUUCCCGCACUGGCACCCCUCCUGCCCAGAAGGAGAAGGAGGAUAAGCGCACUUCCGUAAAUGCAUUCAGUGCUCUCGCUGCCUUGGAUGCCUCGGGCGAACACAAUGACUCCGCUUCUCCACCGUCUGCUGGCCCUUCGCCUGUUCUCUCAAAGGCUACGCCCGCCGAACAACGGCCAGAGUCUCCUUCUAAGGAGCAGGAGAAUGACGGUACUGCCUAA